AUGAUCAGCCUGUUUUCUUGUCGCCCACUGAGAUCACGAACGAAUGGUGAAGGGGCCGACCGAGACUACCAGCGAGUGGAUUUCACUGUUCACACACCAACUUACUCCGUGAAAUACCUCGGCUCGCAGAAGUUGUGCAGCCCUGGUUAUGCGGAAAUUUGUGACACGGUAAAAUCUAUUUACGUUGCGGAGAAACAAAAACUGAAAAAAGUGGAUCAUUAUUCGUUGAAGUUAACGAAAGAGGAGCUCUCCUUACGUGAUAGGGACAGUACGGAGGAUGAAGAGAAGGUGUUUCUUCUUCGAAGAAUACGAUUCACCGGCGUUUGCAAGGCUCAUCAGCGAGUCUUUUUCUUCACCUAUCAGUUUGGAUCGAAGUCAGAAUACGUAGAAUGCAAUGUCGUAUUGUGUAAGAGCAACAACGAGGCGAAGAGCUUAGCGAAGGUUAUAUCAAAGGCUUUUGCGGACGCGCGGAGUGAUUUGCACCAUCAAGAGGUGGCCAGUAGAAAGCUUCAUGCAGAAGGGUUAAGCGAAACUAGUAUGUCACAUCUUCAUGAUGAUGUGAUCUCAAACGUCGAAGCUAACAGACAGUAUUAUAACAUAAGAGCGUUCAAGAAUUCUCGUAGCAACUCUGCCGCCAGCGCGAUUUCGGAUUUUCGCUCAAAGAGUCGUACCCCCGACAAACAUAAACAGAGCAAUCAGUCUUGCCAUUUGGGGGCGAGUAUCGAGUGGGAGAUGACGGAGAGUUCGCUAGAUACGAGAACGACCGAUGCAGAGAAGACUUCAACGAGUGGCGAGACAUUUGGAUGUAUUUGCGAGAACGAUUCGCUUCUUAAAGUUGAUCUGACCGAACAAACGGCAGUGGAUAGUCACGAACACACGGAGGAGAUAAACGGUGAAAUUGUUCACGAGAAAGAGCUUCUCUCUGACUUAGACCUACAGCUUAUUUCACAGAGCAGUUCGACUCUGGCAGAAGAGAAUGACGUCGAUGACGCGACCGAGCAAGACUGCAGUGGGAGUAGUGACUGGUCAAUGGUUCCCGUUCUUCAAGAGACCUCGAUUUAA